AUGUGCAGCGCCGGCGAAAUCGGCUCCGAGCUUGUCUUCGAGUUCGAGGGCCGCUGCAUCCGCGUUUCUUUCCACGGCCAGAUACACGCCCUCGCUGGUGGCAAGCUGAACUACGCCAUUGACGCCUUGAGCGCCUAUAACAUUGCCCCUACUUUAGAGAGGGGCUUCCUCCUUGACCGACAUUUUGAGCGAGACAAUGAGACUUGA